AUGCUACGUCGGGCACUUGAUUUUCGUCAAGCUAUUGAUGACUUUGUUGUGAAGACUCAUGACCUCAGGCCAUACGAACUCUCUGAUGCUGAUUGGGCAGGGAUUGAGCUGGUCAUGACAUGGUUGAAGGCCUUUCGCUCUGCUACCACACAAAUGUCCACGACAAAGUGUUCCAUGCUAUCUACCGCACACGCAAUAUUCCGUGGACUCCAGGAGUCGCUUCAAGAUGACUUGGCAGAACUUCCUGAUUCAGCCCCGGUGAAGCUACGGUCUGCACUAACAAGUGCACAUCGUAAGCUCAGUGAUUAUUACUUCAAGAUUGAUGAGUCGCCUUUCUACAUCUGGGCCUCAAGUAUGUUACCUUUCAUUGCAAGUUUGUUUGGCUAG